AUGUGGACCACCUAUUCAGCAACAUUCGAAGGUUUAUAUAAAAUGAUUCAAUAAUUUAUUUUUUGUGGUAAAGACAAUGUUGUUUAGUUCAAUUUAGUAGUGCAAAAAUGACUGAUAAAAUGAAAUAUCCACAAUCCAAAAGGACAUAAAGAACGAUUAGAUUUGAACCAGGAAAUACAAGUGAUUGUUGCUGAUGAUACUGGCAUGGAAAUAUUAAGCAAUCCAAGCCUAAUUUCUAUAGCAGAAAUAGUGGGAGCCACUACAAAUAUAACUUGUCUAUUAGGACGUUAAACUUUUUAAUAAAUUAACUUAAGAGGACCCACUUAAUUACAAGAGUAUUUGCAUAGUGAUGGUCUGAAUGGUUUUAGUUGAAUUGAGUUAGUUUUAGUUUAGUCACAAAUACCUUUAAUAUGUAGGUAAUAAAGAGACUAGAAACGUAAGAACAUUUAGAUAUUAAUUAACAAAUGCACAGAUACGAUAUCUAUGUUAAUUUUAUAUGUAUGUAUAUAAAGCAUGUAAAUAAUUGUUAAACAGUAUACUUAUUAACUUUUUAAUAGCUGGUUUCAGUUUAUCACCUAUAAUACCCCAUAAUGCACACACCAGUACUGUACUUGAUAAUACUUUUCAUAGCAACAGGUCACUGUAUAGAUCCUAAAUUAAUUAAGUAUUACGAAGAUCUUAUAAACAACGAAACCGAAAAGGCAAAGAACUAUAAAUUAGAUGUAGAUGCAAGGAGAUAUCAAUGUUACAAUAAUUUGAAGACAGAACUUUUUGGUACUUAUGACUUCAUUGUCAUUGGGGCUGGAUCUUCUGGUAGUGUUGUUGCAAACCGUCUGUCGGAAAUUGGUGAUUGGAAGGUUUUACUGCUGGAGGCAGGAGGAUACCAGAAUAAUUUCACGGACAUUCCGGUUAUGACCACCAUUUCCACGUUCAGCGACUAUAACUGGGGCUUUGGGAGUGUUCCUCAAAAGAAUGUUUGCCAAGGAAUGGUUAACAAUGUUUGUCCCUAUCCCAGAGGCAGAGCUUUAGGGGGAUCGACAGUAAUAAACGGGUUGGCAUACUCACGAGGUAUAGCGAAGGGCUUUGACGCCCUAGCUUUGUUGGGAAAUCCGGGUUGGGCUUAUAAUGAUGUGAUUCCUCAUUUUCUUAAAUCAGAAAACAUAGAACUUCGUGACCCAAAGGCUGUACUUAAUUAUGAUUACCACAGUGUUGGUGGCCCACUUAAUGUUGAAUAUCACAUACCAGGAAGUAGAGAAUUAGAUGAUUUUUUAAAAGCAAAUGUUGAACUGGGAUACAAUGUUACUGAUAUUAACAGUCCUAUAGAUGCAGGUGUCUCGAGGGCUCCGGUGAAUACACUACGUGGGAAGAGGUUUAGUGGCUAUAAUGCUUAUAUUGAGCCUGUUGAGACUCGGAGAAAUUUGAAAAUAUCACCACACAGUUACGUGACCAAAAUAAUUAUUGAUGAUACGAAAAAAGUGGUUGGGGUUCAGUUCACCAACAAGGGUAUUACAUAUAUAGCGAAUGUAACUAAGGAAGUCAUCGUGUCAGCAGGAACCAUUGGUUCCCCACAUAUUUUAAUGUUGAGUGGUAUUGGCCCCAAAGAACAUCUACAGAGCAAAGGGAUUAAAGUGAUUCAAGACUUACCAGUGGGUAAGGGAUUAAAAGACCACGUAGGAAUUGGUAUAUUUUUCUCCACAAGUUACCCCAUUGAAACCAAAUCUCUUAAAGAAUACAUAAAUGAAUAUUUGGUGGGCAUAGGAGGUUUAGCUGCUCCGGGUCCCAACAACGCCUUUGGAUUCUAUCAAACUCCUGUUGAAAAAACUCCAAAUUAUCCAGACCUUGAAAUUAUUUUAGUCCCAAAUUAUGGUAAUGUUACAGCUGACUUUUCUAAGAGAAGCUUAAAUUUGAAAGACGAUACGUUAAACGCCUACAUACCAAAGGCUGGCAAAAGGAUAAUAAGGAUAGACGUAUUUGGAUUACAUACACGGUCCACCGGAAACAUCUCAUUAAAUACCAGUAACCCAUUUGAUUAUCCUUUGAUCGAUCCUCAGUGCCUCACUGACAAGGAGAACAUUGACUUAGAUACAAUGUACGAAGGCAUCAAAAUGGUGUUAAAAUUAAUGGAAACGGAAGCAAUGAAAAGAAUUAACACACAACUUCAGUUACCUUCAUUGCCUGCGUGUAAUAAAUACACCCCUUUGUCAAAGGAUUUCUGGAUUUGUGUUAUCAAACAAAUUGGUCACCCCGUGAAUCAUCCCAUUGGAAGUUGUCAGAUGGGUCGACGUAAUGAAACAAGCUCAGUUGUAGAUGGUAAUUUAAGGGUUCAUGGUAUUCAAAAUUUAAGGGUGGCUGACGCAAGUAUUUUUCCUAUUGCACUUACUGGACACCCAAACGGACCAUGUGUAAUGGUGGGAGAAAAGGCUUCUGAUAUAAUAAAACGUUACCACGGAAAAUUAUGAAUUGUGAUAAAAAUAAAUGAAUUAGCGUAUUA